CUAUACCACUGCCAGCGGUCAACCAGACCCGAACAACGUUGUUUCCUUUGAUUUCGCCGCUUGUUCGCCGCAUACCUUCUUGCCUGUGGGCACCACGUCUUGUCUUUUUUUUUUGUCGUUCUUUGAUUUUUUGACAGUUAUUUGAAGCUACUUAAGAUGGAAGACGAGCUGCACAACGUAGAAGCGCGUCAACAACAAGGAGGACAAACUCAGUCCCAGAGCCAAUCACAAUCCCAAUCACUGUCUCAAACUCAGUCUGGCACCGUGUCAGGCUCACAAUCGCAGACUGCGUCGGGCACUUCCUCCUCGUUUCUUACCAUCCCCCAAUCAGCGCCUGCUGGGAUUCUUACCAUCACCCAGCCGCCCCAGCAGUCAACCUCUUAUUUUAAGGUUGCCCAGAACCAGUACAUCACGUUCGGAUGGAAUUUCAGCUACAUCUUAGCCACACCCACUCACCUGACCGUUUCCGCUAUCUGCGAGAAUGGAAAUACAUAUCCCGUCGGCCCAACCGAUGGCAUUAUUCCCGGAACUGCCAGCAGCGUUGUUUGGGAUCCGUACACAUACCAAACCUCCCAUCCCAACCUACCUCUUGCUCAAGCAAAAUACACCCUCAAGAUCUGGGGAGACGGAGGCCCUGACGCUGCACGUGAACCAGGCGUGCUGACUCCCAAUAGCGCGCUGCAAUUCGCGCUUUAUACGCCACAACCUUAUACUCCAAUCGGUAGCGGCUGGUCUUGUGCAGGUUGUUCUAGCGCUGUGUCACAGCACAUCGCCCACCCCACAUUCGUUGCCCUUAUCGCCACCUUGAUGGUGAUGUUUAUCUCUGGUUCGGCUCUCUUGCGCCGAAUAUAGGCAUGUAAAUACAAAUUUCACGCUUCUUUGUAUUAAACUUUCUCAUCUUUCCUUUAGGGGGCAUUGUCAGGCAUCAUAGCCUUUCGUUCAUGAAUCGUCUACUCGGACCUUUGAUUACAAUGACUUUUGGCAUUCAUUUCUUGAUGGACACUUUGUUAUCGCUAACUCGUAUGAGUAUAUCAAUUCAUAAUACAUCUUGUUCGUUUUGUGGAUUGCGCGAACAGUGAUCCCUACGUCAUUGCGUGUGCUAUCUAUUCCUAGCCUUUGAUCGCUAAUCACAACCGUCUUUUGCAC